AUGGCUAGCGCAGACGUUCUUCGCCAGGAUCAUAUCCUAGACCUCGCAGUGCGAGCUAUCCAACCAGCAGGCGACUCACAGCCGAGUCUCAAAACACCAUAUGAGGCCGUAGCCCUAAUCGGCCACGCAUGCAUGGUAGCAAUAGACUUCAGACUGGUUGGCCUCGGCGAAGACCACAACCUAGAAACAUCUACAGAAACACCUUCCCUCCCUGCAGAAUGGAACGCUAACGAUACAUUCUCCUUUCGAUACGCGCACGCGCAGUCUUCAAUGCAAUACUUAGUCAAAGUGAGUCGACUGGGAAACAACGCAGUAGUCUUUGCACUGGCCUUGGGCGAUGACAGGACCAGCUCAUUCGACCUCCCCGUCAAAGACUACAUCUCCGCCUCUGCGAUCCCUCUAAAAACCUCAGAAAAUCUCACGACUACCCUAAGAGAUGUCUUCAUUUCGGCUGCUCGCCUAAGUGACUUGGUUGGUCUGUUCAGGAUCAACGUUAUCCAGAAACUCGCACCCGGUUUGUACAAAGAGGGGUAUGAAGAUAGAUCCCCGCCAUCUAGGGAAAGACUGCAGGAGGGAAGAGAACAGCAACCUCUUCGGGGUGAUACUUCCUCCGAGCCUGCUCACCCUCAUCCAUUCGUGGAUCCCCUGGCCACGGCCCCCCGACGCUCCAACCCACCAGACUUUGCCCCACCCGGGUUCGAAAAUGAGUUUGAGAUCAACCAGCCCCCGCGAAGAUAUCCAGGAGGGCUCAGAGGGGGCCCACCAGGGCUUGGGGGAGGCCCAUCGGGACUAGGAGAAGGUCCAGCAGGACUGGGAGCCAGAAAUCCCUACAACAUUGGAGAGCGAGAUCUUUACCCAGCAGGCCUCGGUCCCCAUGAUCCUUUCCGUGGAACUAUGGGCCCUGGCUUUGGUCCAGGCGGCGGUGGUAUGCAUCCUACCGUUGAUGACCCUCUCUUCGGCGGGAGAGGCUCUGGCAAUGGUGGAUAUGAUCCCCGUGCACCCCCAGGUGCAAGAUAUGACCCUGUAGGGCCUGGUGAGCCACCUGUCGGUCGUAAUCGAGGACCGUUUGGUAAUAAUGGACAAGGUGGGGGAGGCUUUGGUGGGUUUGGAGGUGGAUUUGGCGGCGACAUAAUCUAA